CAAUGUCACCAUUUCACGUAAUCACAUCCACCGAUUCCUUCUCCCCCUUCGCUCCCUCCUGUAGACUCGGAACCUCUCUAUGACUCUCUCUCUCUCUCUCUCUCUCUCUCUCUCUCGAUCUGGAUACAACUACCAGAGCACCACCUCCAUUUUCACUUUUUUACACAUCCCUUCUUUUGAGUUUCUUCCUCUUCAGCCAAUUCCACUCUCAUGCUCGUCAAAGUCUAGGAAAAAGAAAACCACUAUAAUUCAUAUCCUUCAUGAGGCUUGGUUCUAAAUCCGAAGCGAUUCAUCGUGAAGGCCACACUUGGCAUUGCACAACUGGGCUUCCAAGUGAUGUCACUAUUGAAAUUGGAGAGAUGUCCUUUCAUCUUCACAAGUUUCCCUUGCUGUCAAGAAGUGGGCUAUUAGAAAAGCGUAUUGGAGAAUUUUCCAGUGAUGAUGGAUCAAUUUUUGUGUUGCAACUUCAUGACAUUCCUGGUGGUGCUAAAGCAUUUGAGCUCAUUGCCAAGUUUUGCUAUGGUGUUAAAAUAGAGCUCACUGCUUUAAAUGUAGUUGGUCUUAGGUGUGCAGCUGAGUACCUUCAAAUGAAUGAAGACUUUGGAGAAGGAAAUCUCAUUGCCGAAACAGAUGGUUUCCUUAAUGAAGUCUUUGGAAAUUGGGCAGACACAGUUGAGGCUCUGAAAACCUGUGAAGAAGUGUUGCCAUUUGCAGAAGAGCUCCACAUUUUAUCUAGAUGCAUAAAUUCCUUGGCAAUGAAAGCUUGUGCAGAUACAAGCUUAUUUAAUUGGCCUGUGUCGGGCUCCAAUAACAUGCAGAGCACAACAGGCACAGUCUUAUGGAAUGGAAUAUCUACUACAACUGAACCACAACCUGUGGGUGAUGAUUGGUGGUAUGAGGAUGUGUCCUUUCUUUCUUUACCUCUCUACAAGAGACUGAUUAAGGCUGUCGAAUUAGGAGGCAUGAAGCCUGAAAGAAUUGCUCGUUCCCUCGUGUAUUAUGCUAAGAUGUAUCUUCCCUUGAUGAGUAAGCAAUCAAGCUUCAAGAACAUUAACCCAGGGUCAACCAUAUCUGUUCCUCCUGAGGCAGAUCAGAGGGCUCUCCUUGAAGAGAUUGUGCAGUUAAUUCCUAAUCAGAAAGGGGUUACACAGACUAAGUUUCUGAUUAGGUUGCUCCAUGCUGCUGUGAUCUUACAUGCAAGUCCUUCAUGUAGAGAAAAUUUAGAGAAAAGGGUCGGGGCUCAAUUAGACCAAACUUCCUUGGAAGACGUGCUAAUACCAACUAUGGGCAACUCAGUGGAGACCGUCUAUGAUACAGAAUGUUUUCAGAGGAUUCUUGAUCAUUUCAUGUCAAUGGACCAGUCUGUAACUGCUCCAUCUUCUCCCUGCAUAGUCGAAGAGGGGUUGAUGAGAGGGGCCUCUUCAUUGACCUCAGUAACCCUGGUGGCCAAUUUGGUGGAUGCAUAUCUUGCUGAUGUGGCCCCAGAUGUUAAUUUGAAGUUCCCAAAGUUCCGGUCACUUGCUGCUGCCAUCCCUGAUUAUGCUCGGCCACUUGCUGAUGGCAUUUACCGUGCAAUUGAUAUAUAUUUGAAGGCACAUCCUUGGCUGACAGAUUCUGAGCGAGAGCAAAUCUGCAAACUCAUGAAUUGCCAGAAGCUCUCAUUAGAGGCUAGUACCCAUGCAGCCCAGAAUGAGAGGCUACCUCUCCGAGUGAUUGUCCAAGUCCUAUUCUUUGAACAACUUCGGCUGCGUACCACUAUUUCUGGUUGGUUCUUUGUCUCUGAUAAUCUCGAGAACUCACAAAAUCCCAAUGCAAACCGUGCACUCGCUGCACAAGACGGAGCUGUGGGCAUUGAUGACGUGAGUGAACGUGUUUCUGAGCUUGAAAAGGAGUGUCAAACCAUGAGACGAGAGAUUCAGACGCUGGUGAAGAGAAAGAGAAUUUGGAAUAUUUUUUUCAGACGAAAAUCUCAGCAUAGAGAUUCUAAAGAAUCAAAGUCCUCGUGUGUAAAGGCACCACCACGGGCAAUGGUGAAUGGACAGAAAAAUCAUGAAAAUGGUGCAGUAGGAAAUUAAUUUUGAAAGGUCAAAUAACAAGAUAUCGUAGCAAUAUAUAUAUAUUAUUUUUUUUUUAAUUUCCUUUUUUGAAUUAAUAGAGAAUCAGUUUUUCUGAUUAUUAUUACUAGAUGGUUACAUAUCUGUGUUUAUUCAUUAAAUAAAGGUCAGAUAGGUGUAGUGUUGUUUAAAUGGAUGUUUGCAAUUCCAUUCAUUUUUUAUCCCAUAGUUAUAUUUAAAUGUUUUCUAUUCAA